ACACCAAGGCAUGAAAUUUGCUAUGGUGGCAAUAUCUGGUUGGUUCAGUGACGCCAAAAAUGAACCUAAAAGACUUAUCUCAGUCCAAUUGACGCCAGUUUCCAUGUGACAAAGAAAUAGAAUCGAUACCGAGAAAAUUCAAGGACAACAAAUUUGAGAGAAAUAAAAAAAAAAAAAAUUGCAGAGAAACAGAGCAGCAGCCAUGGCAGCUCGCAAGAGAGCUUCGGCAACGACCGCAACAGAUACAAAGCCAAGUCCUCCUCAAACCCAAACAACAACCACCCAAAUCGAGCCACCAAUCGCUCCACCAAAGAAAGGCUUAAUCUUUAAGUUCUGUUGUUUCUUUUCAAUCCCAUACUUUUACCUUCUUUUCCAACACUAUAAGAUUGAGCGAGACCUCAAGAGAUCCAUCCUUAUCAAUGCUGCCCUUAGCAUUGCCGGCUUCUUCCUUACUCAGAGAAUGAUUCCUGUUGCUUCUAGAUAUGUUCUGAAACGCGGUUUAUUUGGAUUUGAUAUUAACAAGAAGGGUACCCCUCAAGGCGCUAUCAAAGUGCCUGAGUCAUUGGGAAUUGUUGUUGGCAUUGUUUUCUUGGUCUUGGCUAUCUUGUUCCAAUAUUUUAACUUCACAGCAGAUUCAAAUUGGCUCGUUGAAUACAAUGCAGCCUUAGCAUCUAUCUGUUUCAUGAUUUUACUUGGAUUCGUAGAUGAUGUCCUGGAUGUCCCUUGGAGAGUGAAACUAUUACUGCCAUCAUUUGCUGCUCUUCCAUUGUUGAUGGCCUAUGCUGGGCACACAACUAUCAUCAUUCCAAAGCCUCUUGUUUUCUAUAUAGGACAAGAGGUGUUGGAUCUAGGAUGGGUGUACAAAUUGUAUAUGGGGCUUUUGGCAGUAUUCUGCACAAAUUCCAUUAACAUUCAUGCUGGUUUGAAUGGCCUUGAGGUUGGGCAGACAGUUGUGAUUGCAUCAGCUAUUUUGAUACAUAAUUUAAUGCAAAUUGGAGUAUCUUCAGAUCCCGAGUAUAAACAGGCUCAUGCCUUCUCUAUUUAUCUUGUUCAACCCUUACUGGCCACUUCCUUGGCUUUACUUUCUUUCAACUGGUAUCCUUCUUCAGUUUUUGUUGGGGAUACAUACACAUACUUUGCUGGAAUGACCAUGGCAGUAGUUGGGAUUCUGGGACAUUAUAGUGAAACUCUCUUGAUUUUCUUUCUUCCUCAAGUGUUGAACUUUCUCUUGUCACUUCCGCAGCUUUCUGGCUAUGUCAAAUGUCCCCGACAUCGUCUUCCAAGGUUCAAUCCUGAGACUGGACUACUUACCGGAACACAGGAUGGGACACUCGUUAACUUUUACUUGAGAAUAUUUGGGCCGAAAUCAGAAAAGUCACUCUGCAUCCACCUUCUUCUUGUUCAGGCCCUAGGAUGCUGCUUCUGUUUCAUGCUGAGGUACUUCCUUGCUGGUUGGUAUAAAUAAGGUAGCAACGUCAAAGAAGUGCAAAAUAUUUUUGCUAUAUGGGUUUGUGAUGUAGAAUAAUUUAGCCCGGGAACACAAGAGUACAUCUUUCAGCAGAGACGAAUGACCUGCAGUUGUGACAUAGUAUUACUUGCAUGAUUUUUCAUUUUUAUUGAUAUCAGUUGACAAUUUACAUUUGUGUGGAAGAGCAAUUUUUGUGUAUUUGCAUUAGUUGUUCCUAAAUUAUUAGGCUUAGUUGAUGUAGAACAUGGUACUGCCAUGUUUAAAACUGUACAUUUCUGUUAUAUUUUGUUAUGGUAAAUUCAAAAUUUGAGUGGUUGCAACCGGCAACACUUGAACGAUUAUUACUUUC